UAACAUUGGUUGGGCUGAAAAUGGCAUAUGUGCUGUUCUAUGCGCCCUAAUGCAAGCCUGGUUAAAAGCCCUAGAAUGAAACAAGAGGUUUUCUCCCUUUUAUGGUAUGCUCAUGAAUAUUUAGAUGAGCUGUGCGCUGAUUGGUUGGUUUACAACGAGCGAAGCUGCGGAGCAAACGCGUCAUGGCCACAAGCACUCACUCACUGAAACAUCGAAAUUGUUGAUAUGGACACAUUAGGUGUUGAACCAUAUAUGUAUGAGCCAGAAUCAGAGGAAGAAUCUGAUGUAGAGGAGCAACCAGUCGCCCAUAGAUUACAAAUGACUACUUCAGAAUGGUGUACGUGUGGAAACUAUGACCGCAUGCCCCAGGAGAGAGAAAAUAUAUGUUGCCGGGAAGUACCCCAGGUCAUGAGAAGAAUGACCCAGGUUCCGGAGGAGAUAACCUGUAUGAUUGACCAUCCUGGCCUUGAACCGGUGUGCCUCAACAUAUAUUCUUUACAAAAUGCAAUGAACAUCUACAGAGCUGACCAUGGGCAGUUGAGAAUAAGAGGGAUGGAAAGGCAAUGCAGACACUUGGCCUACAGAUCUUUCGUGAGCUGGUGCUGGGGUUUCCUUGGGCGAAGUGUCCGUGUUGUGAUCCCCUCUUGUGUGGUGCUGCGCAUACGGAGGGAGUUUCCGGAAACAUCAGGGCAGUAUGUCGGGUUCAGACCCCCCCUCGACUGA